AUGGCCCACGACCCAGCGAGUCCCCAGUACAGCGACGAGCACAGGAACCAGGCCGACCGAUCAGCAGAAGAACGAGCGCCAGUAGCGGUAGCAACAGGAGACGACCGCAGCCUCAGCGCUCGCCACGCCAGAGUCGCGAGUGCUGGUACCGCUGGUCUGACGCAGGUGGAACCGUCAGCGAACGCGCCCGAGAGCAGGUUCACGACCGCGACGCAGGACAUAUCCGAGAGCGAAGUUUUUUUCCUCAUUGCCGACUUUCUCAAGCGUCGGUCAGUGUGCCACAAGGCGGCAGACGCGUUGAUCCAAGAGCUGGCAGAGCACAAGCUGCUCGAGCACAGCGUGGACUGGAGUGGCAAGAUCCGGACCGCCACGUACGAUGACUACCGAUUGCGCCAUCGGGAUCUCUCGGCUGGACAUUUAGUGGAGCUCUUGCAGGGCACUGCAGCAGCUGCGACGUCGUGGACGAGACGUGACAAGCAGAAAGAAACGACAGAACAAGAAAAUGGCAUGUGUGGGAUGAAGUCGAGUCCGAGUUUGCUGAUACAGACGAGACGAAAGAGGCUGCUGACGUUGUCGCUGGACGAGAGGACGGAACUGGUUAAGAGUAUCGUGCACCAGCUGUUUGUACGAAGACGAGUGAGGAAAACGCUGACGGUUGUGGAAAAGUUGAUUCAGAAAGACGAGCGGUACCGAAAGUACACGUCAACUGCGACGCGCGUGGACGAGCUACCGACGAACGUGCAGUUGAUGUUGUUGAGUGGAGAUGCCGCUGAGACGGCUGCGACGGACCAAGCGACGACGGUGGCAGCUGACGUGCGUGCGUUCAAGCAGCUUUUCCAGCUUCGACAGGAGCACGCAGCAGUGGAAAAACAGAUUGACAUGCUGAUGAGCCGCGCAAAGCAUUCUGGCUUGCUUGAGACGACGGCACGGACUGGCGGCAAUCAAGCGUCGCUCGUCAGACGGCGAGAGAUUAGCCCGCAACAAGAUACACAGCUUCCACCAGCGCAUCUGUAUAGUCGGAUACGGAGACUAAAGACGUUGAGUGGACAUUUACAGAUCCAGGCCUACUGUCUUGCGUAUGACAAAUCGGGCAAGGUCGUAAUCACUGGAUCAGACGAUAGACUUGUGAAAAUCUGGUCGUUGAACACAGGAGAUUUACUGUGUACGCUUCGAGGUCAUGUCGGCAAUAUUACAGAUCUGGCAGUAAAUCACUCGGAUACGCUGCUGGCGUCGUCUUCCGACGACAAGACUGUGCGGGUAUGGGAAAUCGGUACAGGCGCUCCCGUUGCAGUCUUGGUAGGACAUUCCAGUGUCGUAAACGCAGUUCGGUUCCAUCCGAGCAGAAACAUCAUCGUCACGGCCUCAGACGACGGGCGGUGCUUUUGCUACAAGGUGCCAGAGGUCCCAUUGAUGUGCCAGCCAGAAACGAGGAUUGAGACCGCACGGCGGUUGUAUUCGCUCAAUGCGUACAUGCUGAGUUUGCAUCCCAUCUACGCGAUGAAGCAUGCUCGCCGAGAAGGCGUCCGUUCGUGCAAAGUGCACUGCGUCACCUUUAGCCGGUGUGGAGAUUAUGUAGUCUCGGGUGGCCACGAUGGAAUUGCGCGUGUGUGGGACUUGUCGGUGGUUUCGGCACCCGAUGCACCUGCCGUAGUGCCGCGAUUUCAGCCCACAGAUGAACCGCAGGAAACACGAGUGCAGGAGCAGCAGCGCAGUGAAAACGAACUGGAAAGUGAUCAAGGGCUUUUAACAACCGCCGGAGCAUCUGGCACUGAAGCUUUUGUCACCGAACCUUCGAGCUUGCUGGCUCCAUUGAUGCAGCAGGCGGUAGGCCAGGAAAACGGCACCACAGCACCUGAAGCUCCAGCCGAUCCAUUUCGCGCUAUGAUAUCUCCAAGAACGCUCAUGGAUCUUGAACAGCCCCGACUUCAGUCCCAACCUCUAGCGCAGCCUCGGGUACCGGUGCAGCUCCAAGCUGGUGUGGCGAUGCCACUCACAAGCGAUAUCGAUUCUUUGCAGCGUGAGACAGCGCCUCGGCAACCACAGCCGGCACAGGUGCAGAGUGACCUGCCUUCUUUGUCGCUUUCUGACGACGCCGUUCCAAGCAUCGAGCCAAUCGCGUUGUUACAGGGGCUUAAGGGCCCAGUUUCGAGCAUUGUGUAUAAUCAUCGGGGCGAUCGCAUUGUAACUGCGUCGAUCAAAGAUAGCGCAGCGUGGAUUUGGAGAUGGAAAUGGAAGUACAAAAGUGUGCAUGGAGCCGUCCUUCUCGCACACGAGUCACCAGCUGAGCACGGUGACAUCUCAGCUGUCUCCGGGGUACGUGGCCGCAGAAAGGCGACUCCGGUUGUUGACAUGGUUGCAUGGACACACAACGAUAAACGGCUCGUUACACUGCAUAGUGUAAAACUUAACUCGGAGUCAGCAGACCCGACUUGGGAGCAAAGAAUACGUGUUUGGGAGCCGGAAAGUGGCAAGUUGUUGAUGACGUUGGGUGCCGUGGACGAAAAGAAGAAGAACGGACAUGUGAAUGCCGCGUUUGCUCUAAGUGCGCAUCCAACCGAUUGGCGCAUUUUAGUUACGGCAGGGUACGACGGGCGUGUGUUUUUGUGGGACAUUUCCACGGGUCGAAUGCUGAAGUCGUUUACAAACAUGUCGCUGGACUCAAAACCACUCUCCAAUCUAGAUGGCGGUUUCACACCGGACGGCAAUGGUUUUUGCUUCACGGACCAGAUCGGGCGACUACUUAUAUUUGGUACCGGAAGCGGAGAGCAGUACGCGGCAACGCCAGUGCAGCAGUAUUUCCUACAUGACUACGUGAUGCUUGUUACUGAUCGACAUUAUAAUGUGAGAGACAGGGAUACUCGCGAGCUGCCGAGCUUGAUGGAUUCCGGUCCACUGAUGGAUGCCUCGCUGGUUCAGUAUCCACACCAGCCGCCCCAUCUGCUUCCCUAUAAGCUGGCUUCUCCAGAGCAACGCGAAGAGAACCGAAGAUUGCGCAUUCAGCAGAGCAAAGAAUCGGAAAUUCUAUGCGGAGUGCACCAUCGAUUUGAGAUAGAGGAGGAUGUUCACUCGUUUCCGUCGGCUGUUGUUGAAAGCGGAGAAAGUGAUCGUGUCCAGGGACAAGAAAUGUCUGCGGCUGACGUGAUGGCACUUGGUAGAUCCUCCUAUCGACUGAGCGGUGCGCCAGUAAUGUUGUCAGAGCUACGGCGUCGUGAGUCUCGAAGGAAUGCAGACCCACGGCGUCGACGUGAGGCCUCUACUGAGGAGCGUGAUACAUCAGUGCUAGAGAUCGAGAUAUCUAGUGAGGAUGAUCGAAGUGACGAAGAUUUUCAGGUACCGACACCUCGACAUGCUGCUGCGGAAGGGGAAGACGACGACGAUGACGAAGAUGAGGAUGAGUCCGACAUGGACGACGACGAUUCACUCAGCGAAAAUGAAAGAGCAGUCAUGUCUCCGGUGAACUCGAGAAGGAGGCGGCUUCGCAGCGCCCGACAGCACGAAUCCCCACGUGCAAGGUUUCCGGUUCGAAGUGGCCGGAGGUUGCAGUCAAAUAAUGAGGAGGAACAUCAGGAUGACACUCCUCGACAGUUGCGUGCCCGAAGAAAUGCGUUGAGAUCUCGCUCUAGAUUGGUUAUUGAUAGCGAUGCAGAAGAAGAUGACCAGAUGUCUGUGGAUCGCCGCGUGAGCGCUCUUGGUUCUGGGAGAGACCGAAGCGAUCGUGAGAACCAGGACGAAGUUGUCGUUGAGUCGACUGAUGGCAUGGUUUUGGGUGACAAUCAGCUGGAUCGAUUCGAUUUGAGCAUCACGUACAGUCAAAUGCUCGAAGCGAAAAGGGCGCAACUCGGCGUACUGCCGAUACCGUCAGAACAUGGGAAUGAUGCACUGAUACCAUGUGCAUUUUGUGGUGUUGGGGAUGACGACGCCAUGCUCAAGCUCCCUGGAGACGGCAUGGGUGUGCACCCGUUGGUCUACGGUGCUCAAAGGAUGUUCGUGCACGAUCAGUGCGCUAUCGCUUCUCCUCUUUGUUUCAACCGAAACGGCAACUGGUAUAACGUGGCGAGGGAAAUUCGCCGUGGACGCUCGUUGGUUUGUGUUGCAUGCAACAAGCGUGGUGCCACGAUUGGUUGCACGACCGCCACAUGUCGUAACUCUUAUCAUUGGAAGUGUGCAAUUGGCUUCGGUUGGUCGGUGGACCAAAUGCAGUUCUUUUGCCCAGCCCAUCGUCCGAGGCGCACAGAACAAGAGGGAAAUAAUCAGCUUGUUACAGAAGACGGCGGUGCCGUCAUUGAGCCUGCUUCGAAACGCUUUGGUCUGAGAUUUCAUCGCGAGUGGUUGCAGCUGACCAGUCUUCGAUCAAUUCAUCAGUACGUACCACAAGUUGGUGACUAUGUGGUGUACCUGCCGGAAGGACAUCCUGGAUAUUUGCGUUACGGAGGAAUGCCACGCCCGAGAUAUUAUGCGCAGUUAUCCAAGUUCUAUGCCAUUAAGUGUCGUGUCAUUGAUGUAAAGUAUGUUUUUCCAACUACCGAAGAGCACGCGACGUGCAACACUAUCAAAUGUGAGCUCUCGCUCGCAGUGCUUGCUGUGCCAACAUCAGCUGUAAGGCGUGCUGGACAUCACGAAGAACAGGAGCAGGAAGAAGCGACUACGGAAGACGAAGCUUCCGACACAACGAAUUUGUUCAAUCCGGAGUCGUCUCCGUUUGCAGAGUUUACGAGUGUGGAUGAACAGUUGAUUCCUACUGCAAACGAGCCAUCGACACGCUUCACCCUCAAGAUGCUGUAUCACUCAAACGACGUGGCAAACUUCCUUGUGCUGGACCAUGUUUACGAGGGUGGAGUAUGUGGCGGGUGGCACAUUGGUGAUCGAGUGCAGAUGCCAUUUGUACAGCUAGAUGAACACGGUCUUGAGAUUGAAGCAAAGAUGUCAUACGGGACUAUCGAAGGUAUCCUUCGAAAGCCUUUCUUGUCGAGUAACUUGGGAGAGAUUUCACCAUGGGACUGUGUCAUGGUUAAGUGGGACGACCCGGACGAUGACACGUGUGCGGUCUGCCCGUGGGAGCUUGAGUCGGCGUUACCCUCAGAGCGGCGUGAGAAGCGCGAGCUCUCACUUCGCAGGCGUUCGACGCGGCUUUUCUUUUCGAGAAACAUCAUUGCUGACAAGUGUGAGGCGCUCUUGCAGGAGAUGGACCAAGUGUUGGCGCUAUCCAUUUCGCGUGACUUCAUGUACCCCGUCGAUGAAGAUACAUUUAUGGACUAUACGAUAUCUGUUGCCAAUCCCAUUGAUCUGACCAAGAUCCAGCAACGACUGCGGCAAGGUUAUUACCGUCAAGUGGAGGCGUACUUGGCCGAUGUGAAGCUGGUGAGCAUCAACUGUGAGACGUACAACAUUCCGUCGAGCCCGAUCUCUCAGAACUCGCGCAACCUGUUCUUUGCUGUGUUGACGCAAGCGCAACGUCAUUUCCCACACCUGUCGCGCGGCGCAAGCAAUGUCAACCGUCUAGAGGCUGCCGGAGAGGCGAUCACUGCGACGUAUGUGUAUCCACCGGACGAUUUUGUGACAAAUUUUACUGAAGAGUCGGAGGAAACCCGUUUGGGGCUAUUGGAGAUCGGCUUGUUGACUCCGGCACCCGAGGCCAAUUCGUCAGCCCCUGUUGUGACUCUCCACGCAUCUCGUUCUAGCAGGUCAACGUCCACCGAGAGGAAUCAGGUCGAAGGUUCUGCUGCUGCUGCUGUGGCUGACCAUACUGCUCGAGACGUUUCGCUGGAAACAAGACCUCUUCGUCGCACACGCAGUUUCGAGGAGACUAAAGAAAGUGACGACGUCGGGGCAAUAUCGGAUGACGUGACGCAGCAAAACGGCGAGACGAUGACCGACGACGUGUCCGACGAAGCUCAAGCUGAGACGCCGACUGCAGCAGAUGGUGCUGCUGCAGGUUUCAAUAGCCCGAGACCACUUCGAAAUCGCGAGGUGGUCGAACCGCAACUCCUGUCACCUCGAGUUCGCCGUCCAACUCGCGCGGCCACAACUUCAUUGAGCGGCACUCUUGGUGGAGGGGGAAACGCACGAAAGCGACAACGCAAGACCCCGGUCAAGGUGCUUUUGACCCACUCCGCCCUCAUGGACCAUUACUCCAGCUCACAGCGGGAAGCUAUAAAACGGGCAUGUGACGAGGAUCUGCGAGCCGUGCUGCAAGUGUUCCACGAAGCGCUCACUGAAGCUGACAAGACAGAUGUAUUUGCAUCGCCGGUGACCGACGACGUGGCCCCGCAUUACUCCGAGAUAAUUACGCGUCCAAUGGACUUCGGAACGAUUCAGCACAAAGUGCAUAAGUACAGAAGCUUUCGCGACUACUUCGCCCACGUAGAACUGGUAUUUUCCAACGCGAUCAAGUACAAUGGCUGGGACGGGUUUAUUGGCGGUCUCGUGGAGGACAUGCAAAAGUACUGCAUCAAGUUUCUGCUGGACGCUGCGGGCGUGAAUCUCCAAGGGCACUCGGUACCUGCUACGAGGACGGGCAGACGUUCUAUGGACCACGCUUUGCAAGCGGGCAACAAGUCGUCGUCUGCUGUAGCUGGUAAACAGCGUGUCCGUCGGAAACCAUCCCGUCCAAGUUCAGAAGACGAAGAAGAUAGCUGGCAUAGCGGCGUAUCAGAAAGCGAAGAGGACGAUGAUGACAAUGACGACGAGAUCGAUGAAGACGACGAUGAUGACGACGACGACGACGACGACGAUGAGGAGGAUUCCAGUGACGAGUCUGACUAUGGCAGUACGGGAAGGAAGCGACAGCUCCGGCGACGCGCACCUGGCCCCAAAAGCAAGAGGAAGAAAGCCAGGCGGCGCUACUGA